AUGUCACAGAAACAUUUCAAUACUAAUGGCAAUUCGCAUAACGUGAAGGAUUCUCCUGGCAGGCGGAAAGAAGAUGACGAGAAAACGGUAGUGCCUGGCAGAGUUGCUUAUUCCAGAGCUCACGGGUCAUUCAUUGUUGAUGAAGCUUCUCUAUACGAUGAUGAAGACGAUGCUUCAACGGUGGUUUCCGGAAAUGUUCAUUCAUUGAAGGUGCAGGGUUCAACGACGGCAUCGCACAAACGGUCGCUGUCGAAUGAGAAGUUACUCUCCACGCAGUUGAGCCAAAUGAGCUAUAAUAACAACCGAGUAAGCCUGGACAGAGCAAUAUUACAAGUUCAGGAGUUGUUACAAGAGAUCGCUGUCGAAAACGAAGCUCGCCCUAUACAUCUUCCCAAUAGUAAAGUGGACAGCGGAAGGCAACUGCAUGUAUUAAAGCUUGAGAUCAAGAUAGAUGGCAAUUAUUCUGAUCGUAGUGGCAUUCAGUUGGAUAAGGAAGCGUCUGCAAAGUUAUUCAGCUCGCAGAUACGGUUGUCGUUGAAACAUCUGGCCUCUUUGCAAAAAAGAGUGGACGAUGUAUCUUCCAAGGUCUUCAUAACAGGUGAUGUGAAUACCGGGAAGUCGAACUUUUGCAACUCUCUGCUUAGACGGAGGGUAUUACCGGAGGACCAACUACCAUGUACCAACGUUUUUUGCGAAAUACUCGAGGCACGGGACAACAAUAACAUCGAAGAAGUGCAUGCUCUCACCAUUGAGAAGGCGAAGUCAGUAAAAAAUGCCAUCGACACGUAUAACAUACGAGACAAAUCUACCUAUGAAAUACAUCCAUUGACAGAUAUGCCGGAUCUCGUGCAGAGAAGUGACAAGUACGUUCUGUUAAAGGUUUAUAUUAAAGACGACAAACGUCCUCCAGAAACAAGCCUGCUAAGGAACGGGACAGUCGAUAUUUCACUGAUAGACUCGCCAGGGUUAAACAUGGAUUCUGUACAAACCGCGGAGGUCAUGUCAAGACAAGAGGAAAUCGAUUUAGUCAUAUUUGUUGUCAAUGCUGAAAACCAGUUGACCUUGUCAGCUAAAGAUUUUAUUGCUUUGGCUUCACGAGAGAAGAAAUUUAUGUUCUUUGUCGUUAAGAAAUUUGAUAGAAUCAGGGAUAAGCAGCGCUGCAAAGAUUUAGUCUUGAAACAAAUAAGGGAGCUGUCGCCCGAGACACACAAGAGUUCGUCUCAAUUCAUUCACUUUUUGAGCAAUAAUAGUGGCGCUGAUCCUUUCGGGGAUCCCCCGAGCGAUUCUGACGACGAAUAUGAGGGGAACCCAGAUUUCGAUCACUUGGAAAACUCUUUAAGAAAUUUCGUUUUGAAGAAGCGGUCCACAUCCAAGUUGCUUCCAGCUAAAACCUACUUGUGCAAACUUCUAAGCGACGUAGGAGAAAUCUCGCGCUUCAAUAUGGAAAUUUACCAGAAAGAAGACGAAAAGCUGAACGAAGAGCUAAAUGAGUUGAAGCCAGAGGUAGACAAAGUCAAAGCUCAUUGUAACGAACUAUCGGAGACAGUCGAUAAAAUGUGUGAAGAGACAGUUUCCGCGACAUACGAAUUCGCGAAAUCCAAGAUCCAAAGCUCUCUGGAGAUUCCAUUGAACGAGUUCCCCAGAUAUCAAGGCCUUUCUCAAAUACACAAUUUCAUCUUUACAACAGAGCAGUUCAUCAAGGAUCAAGUGACGGAUGCAAUUGCUGCUAGCGAAACUUCCGCAAAAGGCGUCACCGAAAGUAGCGUCAAUGAGAUAAAUAAGCUCGGCAGGGAAAGUCUUGGAGAAAACUUCAUGCAUAACCGCGUUUUCCGAAGCAAUCUGAUGUUCACCAACAGACGACACCACUUUGUGAAGAAACUUUCCGUUCCACUCUCGAUUAAGGAUUUCUUUGCCCCCUCGUGGACCGGCUUUAUUGAUUACCUAAGCUGGGGUCUCAUAUCUCCCUCAAUGGCUGAUUCACGUUACUCCGAAACAGAGACCAACAGCUCGAACAGUGUGACAGCCGUCCUCGGUCUCGGUAACUACUCCAUUGCCCAAUACUGGACAAAGCCGUCCUUAAUUUUCACGUCAAAGGUGCCGACGCUCGCUGUAUACUCGUUCGGCAGUGUCAAGAUCCUGAGAAAUGUUGUGCUGCAGGGAUUCCAGUUCUUCUCCUGGAAUACCAUCAGACGUGUCUCAGGCUCUCUACUAGUGUUAGGCGGUCUACUAUGUGCAGCUUACUUGAUUCACGACCUUCCUCGCGCAUUGCCCCAGAGUCUCUCUGCAAAAUACAAGACCACGUUGCAACAGAAGGAAUACGCACACGCUAAUGCCGACCGAAUCGCAAGAGAGGUCCGUGAGGUGAUGAAGAUCCCGAUUCGAGAGAUUGUCAAAUCCUGCGAGCUCGCCAUCGACAAGAAGCAGGCCGUCAAGAAAGACCUCGAGAAGAAACUGGCAAACAAUGCCCUUUCUACAAAGUUCUUUGCCCAGCUGCUGGAGCGUGCAAGCACUCAGCGCCAAGUGGUCGAGCGCAUCAACCUCGAAGUCGAUUGA